AUGUCUGACGCUGAUCUCGAGGCCGUUCGACGGCUCCAAGCUGAGCGCAAUGCUGCUGCCGCUGGCACUAAAGGUUCUAGAACCUUUGACCCAUCUGGUCAACGUACUGAUAACUCAACCAAGGCCUCCAUGACGGACUCCUUCGAUACGACUUUGUACGAUCGGGAUGGAGCGGAGAGAUUUUCAGGCUACAAUACCUCGAUCGCGGUUGAUGGCGAUGACGAAGAAAUGGAAGACGCAAAUGGAGGACUCAAUUUGGUUGGCCAAUACACUGCUACCCGAAGCCAGAUUGAUGAGAUGGCGCAAGGAAACGGCGUUGAAGAGGAGGACAUUUUGCUUGGUCGUGAAAAGGCAGCUCGGAUUGCAGACCGCGAAACAGACUACCAGAAGCGCCGGUUCAACCGCGGACCCCUUACCCCGACGCGCGCCGAUCCCUUCGCUGCCAAUGCCCAUGCGAAUGGCGAGGGAGAAGGCCAGACCUACCGUGAGGUUAUGGCCCUUCGCGAGCUUGAAAAGGAGGAGGAACGUGUUCAGAAAUUGAUCGUGGAGAAGCGAGAAGCCGGUGAAGAUGUAACUGAGCAUGAGGCUACCUUGAAGAGGGUGGAACAGGACAAAGAAAACGCCGAUGCGGGCUCAAUUGUUGAUGCUUCUGCCACCAAAAAGCGAAAGAAGAGAUGGGACACGGCCACCGAGGAUACUGCUGAGCCACCAGCCGAAGAAUCGGCAGAAGCCAAGUCCAAGAGGUCUCGUUGGGAUGCGGCGCCCGCACCCGGUGCUUCUGAUGAAGCUCCCAAGGCCCGAUCGCGAUGGGAUUUAGCUCCGUCACUGACGGCUGCCACUCCCGUCGGUACCCAAGGCCUCGCUACCCCCAUGCAUCCAUCGCAAGCAGGUGCCGCCACGCCCCUCACCGCUCCGUCUGGCUCAACAGUCGGGUGGUCUGAUGAGGAACUUGACUUCAUGCUCCCUGGUGAAGCUGAGGGUUACAAGCUUAUGGCCACGCCAGCGCCCAUUGCUGGCGCUGGUGGUGUCGGUGGAUUCAUGAUGCAAGAGCCUGAAAGUGUUAAGUCUAUGGGCAAGGAGCUUCCUACAGAUAUCCCUGGUGUUGGUGAUCUUCAAUUCUUCAAGCCGGAGGAUAUGGCCUACUUCGGUAAGCUGAUGGAGGGCGGUGACGAAACCAGCAUGACCGUCGAGGAGAUGAAGGAGCGCAAGAUCAUGAGAUUGCUGCUCAAGGUUAAGAACGGUACUCCGCCAAUGCGAAAGACUGCUCUGCGACAGCUCACAGAUAAUGCGCGCAACUUCGGUGCCGGAGCUCUUUUCAACCAGAUCCUUCCUUUGCUUAUGGAGAAGUCAUUGGAGGAUCAGGAGCGCCACCUGCUGGUCAAGGUCAUUGACCGUGUUCUCUACAAGCUUGACGAUUUAGUUCGACCCUACGUCCACAAGAUCUUGGUCGUCAUUGAGCCACUGCUCAUUGAUCAAGAUUACUAUGCCCGUGUUGAAGGACGAGAGAUUAUUUCCAACCUUUCCAAGGCCGCCGGUCUUGCUACCAUGAUCAGUACUAUGCGUCCUGAUAUUGAUCACGUUGAUGAAUAUGUGCGCAAUACGACAGCACGAGCCUUCGCCGUUGUGGCCUCUGCCCUCGGUAUCCCCGCCCUCCUUCCUUUCCUUCGCGCUGUCUGUCGCAGUAAGAAGUCUUGGCAAGCCAGACACACAGGUGUCAAGAUUGUUCAGCAAAUCCCCAUUCUCAUGGGUUGCGCUAUUCUUCCUCACCUCAAGGGACUGGUUGACUGCAUCUCUGACAACCUCAGCGACGAACAGGCCAAGGUUCGGACCGUUACCGCUCUCUCGGUGGCCGCUUUGGCUGAAGCUGCGAACCCAUACGGUAUCGAAAGUUUCGACGAGAUUCUGAACCCUCUCUGGACCGGUGCCCGCAAACAGCGCGGCAAGGGUCUCGCUGCCUUCCUGAAGGCAGUUGGCUACAUCAUCCCCUUGAUGGACGAGGAGUACGCGAACUACUAUACUAGUCAGAUCAUGGAAAUCCUUCUUCGUGAGUUCUCGUCGCCAGACGAAGAGAUGAAGAAGGUGGUCUUGAAGGUGGUCUCUCAGUGUGCAAGCACAGAUGGUGUGACUGCCAGUUAUCUGAAGGAGCACGUUUUGACCGAUUUCUUCAAGAGCUUCUGGGUGCGACGUAUGGCCCUUGAUCGACGAAACUAUCGUCAGGUCGUCGAUACCACUGUGGACCUGGGCCAGAAGGUUGGUGUUGGCGAGAUCCUUGAGCGAGUCGUCAACAACCUGAAAGACGAGAGCGAGCCAUAUCGCAAGAUGACAGUGGAGACUGUUGAAAAGCUCAUUGCGUCUCUUGGGGCCGCAGAUAUCUCAGAGAGGCUGGAAGAACGCCUCAUCGAUGGUGUACUCUUCGCCUUCCAGGAACAGAGCAUCGAAGACAUUGUCAUUCUGAAUGGAUUCGGCACCGUGGUGAAUGCACUCGGCACACGAUGCAAACCCUACCUCCCUCAGAUCGUCAGUACUAUCCUCUGGCGCCUGAACAACAAGUCCGCCACUGUCCGACAACAAGCAGCCGAUCUUAUCUCCCGGGUUGCGAUGGUCAUGAAGCAGUGUGGCGAAGACGCACUCAUGGGCAAGCUCGGUGUUGUCCUCUACGAAUACCUGGGUGAAGAGUAUCCCGAAGUUCUGGGUUCCAUUCUCGGUGCUCUGCGAUCCAUCGUCACUGUGGUCGGUAUCAACCAGAUGCAACCACCCAUUCGCGACCUUCUGCCCCGACUUACACCCAUUCUCCGCAACCGUCAUGAAAAGGUUCAGGAGAACACGAUUGAUCUAGUCGGUCGUAUUGCCGACCGUGGACCCGAGUCUGUCAAUGCCCGUGAAUGGAUGCGUAUCUGCUUCGAGCUGCUGGAUAUGCUCAAGGCCCACAAGAAGGGGAUUCGCCGAGCGGCCAACAACACAUUCGGUUUCAUUGCCAAGGCCAUUGGUCCUCAGGAUGUUUUGGCCACUCUUCUCAACAACUUGCGCGUGCAGGAGCGUCAGUCUCGUGUUUGCACGGCUGUUGCCAUUGGUAUUGUGGCUGAAACUUGUGCUCCUUUCACUGUUCUUCCGGCACUGAUGAAUGAGUACCGGGUGCCUGAGCUCAAUGUGCAGAACGGUGUGCUCAAGGCUCUGUCUUUCUUGUUUGAAUACAUCGGCGAGAUGGCCAAAGACUACGUCUACGCUGUCACACCAUUGCUGGAGGAUGCCCUGGUCGACCGUGACCAAGUCCACCGACAGACCGCCGCUAGUGUGGUCAAGCAUGUCGCACUCGGCGUUGUUGGCCUUGGCUGCGAAGACGCCAUGGUCCAUCUCCUCAACCUUGUCUUCCCCAACAUCUUCGAAACUAGUCCCCACGUCAUCGAUCGAAUUAUCGAAGCCAUCGAAGCCAUCCGUAUGGCCGUCGGCACCGGUACUGUCAUGAACUACGUCUGGGCUGGUCUGUUCCACCCUGCUCGUAAGGUGCGCACGCCUUACUGGAGACUAUACAAUGAUGCGUAUGUUCAAGGCGCGGAUGCGAUGAUCCCCUAUUACCCAGACAUGGAGGGUGACAUGGACCGACCGGAACUGUCCAUCAUGAUCUAA